CUCAAGAAUUUGUUUGCAGCCACAACACUUCUGCUUGCUGGGAGCUGACUACACAAUUAAGAAUGCAACAACAAAAUCCUGAGAAUUCUCAAUCACUGCCCAGCCAUGACUACCCAUUUGAGCAAGUCACGCAUUCUCAGUCUUGCCAAGAAAGCGUAGUGAUCAGUUCGCCAGAAGUGACCUGAAGGCACACAACAACAUUACCAAGGAAUUGAGAAUUCUAUAUCCCCACUCAGCUAUGACUACCCUUUGGGCCCUGGAUUUCCCCAUGGCUGACUUUGCUACCAAAAUAAGGAUCAAGGCAAGUAGGUCUGGGUACAGCAUGCUUCUGGAAAGAAGAUGGGUUCCACUCGGGUGACUGCAAAGGAACUAUGUGAAAUUGAUGACCUGGCUACAACACUCAUUCUUGACCCUUACGUUGGCUUUAAGACUCAUAAAAUGAACGUCAGCCCACUGCCAGCCAUCAGAAGGAAGCACCAUUUGCGAGAAGCAGUAGAAGCUUUCAGGAAGCGCAAGGACCUCGAAGCAGCAUAUCAGACCCUCAUGCAGGGUGGGUGGGCCUGCCAGUACUUUGCAAACCGGAGCCGUCAACAGGAGGCUGCCUUCAAGACUCAUAUAUUUCGUUACCUUCGUAUUUUCCUUCCUGAAAGUGGUUUUGUCAUCAAGCGCUGUAACCGAUAUUCCCUGGAAAUAAAUGGUGCCCGGGUGGUCUCUGCAAAAUCAUGGAGAAAGAACGAUAAGUUAGAACUCCUGGAGGGUUACAUUGCAGACCUGACAGAACAAGAUGAGAGCCUCCUGCGGACAGGCGAAAACGACUUCAGCGUCAUGUACUCCACACGGAAGCAGAGUGCCCAGCUGUGGCUGGGACCUGCAUCCUUCAUUAAUCACGACUGUAGGCCAAAUUGUAAGUUUGUCCCAAUGGAUGGAAACAUUGCCUGCGUCAAGGUGCUGCGGGACAUUGAACCAGACGAUGAGAUCACCUGCUUCUAUGGUGAUGGCUUCUUUGGGGAGAACAAUGAAUUGUGCGAGUGCUACACUUGUGAAAGGAAGGGGGGAGGAGCCUUCCGCCUCUUGAAUCAGACACCAUCUCCAUCUAUCUCAGACAAUGAGAAAUACCUGCUUAGGGAGACCGAUGGCCGUCUUCAGCGGUGGAAAAACCAGUCAUGCAAGUUGGCACAGCGCAGUGGGAAAGUAGGACGUAAGACUCGGCGCAGGAGGGCACGAUUACGUGGUACUUUACGUAGAUCUUCUAUUCGCUGGUACUUUAGGAUGCUAAAGCCUUUAUACAUCCCAGUACAUGACUGCUUGGCCUGCAGUGCACAUAGAUGUAAGAUUCAUAAGCAACUCCUGGUACGUCUGAUUCGCUGUCCUCCUUCUAUGCUCCCUGUAUCACAUCUCCGGCAUUCGAGGCGCUCAAGGGUCCAACAGGAUUACUCCUUCAUGAAAAAGCACAAUAUGACCUGGUUAGACCGGCGCAGCUUGGUUGUGAAUCUUGGCAAGAGGGUACCCUUGGACUGGGUAGGGUUGCAGACAGACAAAGUAUCUGAGAAUGGGGAUCAUCAACUACACAGCAGCAAUGUGGAACUUAGCCAGGGAAUUGAGGAGCAUCCCACAGGAACUGUGGAGAAUCACACUGAGGUCACAGAACCACUUGCCUCAGGAGAACAAGCCCCAUUCAGGUCUUCAGACCCUCUUUCCUCUAGCCAGCUACUCUACAGAACAAGGAGCAUGGCCAGGAGGCAAGCUAAGCUUUUGCCCAAAUCCCAGCUGGCUCUACCAGCAGUAGACCCCAAGCUUGCUCAGUAUGCUCAUGUCAACCUUGAGGUUCCCCCCUUAGAAGGCAGUGAGCACUGGGAACAGCCUCCUCCAGACCCAUUGGAGAAGGAACAGGUAGAGGAGCAGGUAGAGGAGCAGGUAGAGGAGCAGCCUCCUCCCAAGCAAAUGGUCUCCUUCCCUCCCUUUGUGCCACCCAAACGGCUGCGACUGGUGGUGAGCCAUGGCUCUAUCAACCUUGAGAUGGCGUCAGGCUCUUGUGAGGAGCUGUCUUAAUCUGGCUGUACCUCUAGGUACUGAGAAGAGACUGCAUCUUCUUACUCAACUAAAUCUUGAUAAGCCAGGGCAAAAUCCAUAUAUGUUCUUUUUCUUUUGGGCCCCUUCUACACUGUCAUAUAAACCAGAUUAUCAAAUCAGAUAAUCCACAUGAUCUGCUUUGAACUGGAUUGUAUGAGUCUAUACUGCCAUAUAAUCCAGUUGAAAGCAGAUAGUCUGAAUUGUAUAUGGCAGUGCAGAAGGGGUCUCUUUGCAUGGGGCAAGACGCCUUCUCUCAUCCGUUCUGAUGUGACAUCCACAAAGGGGAAUAAGAACACAACACUGUGUUCCAUUUUUUUCUCUUUUUUUCCUAAUGCAGAUUCCCCCCCCCCCCCCCAAAUUUUUUUCCUUCCAGGGUGCUUUCUCCAUUAGUCCCACACUUCUUUUGUUUUAAAAGUGCAUUCCACGAUCUAACCAGUCCUUAGUACACACCUUUGAAACAAGCCAUAUUAAAGGCUGCAUGGAUUUUUGGGAUCACCACCCCGUGUUGUCCUCUCUCUGAGCUUUGCUUUCUGUCCUCAAGACUACUCCUGUGCUCUGACUCUAGGUGUGCCCAUUCUCUGGUUUGUAGCAGUUCACCCAUGGACUUUUCUACAUGCUCACAUGGUGCUUUUUGCUGUUUGUCACCCUAUCAAAGCUGUGAAGCUGGCGUAGGUCAUGUGACUUAUGGAUGAAGGAAAUUUACAUCCAAUCAGGGAAGUCUCUAAUCCAUUGAAGAAAACCAGCAACCGGAAGUGCAUAAUUGCAUGGAACCCAAACUCUUUAACCCAUGUAACCUGAUGGCGGCGGCUGCUUGCUAAACAGGCUUAUUUAGGGAAUUAUACUGUUUCCCUCCCUCCUCUCCCACCUCUUUUUGGGUGCCUACUGUUAAAAGACAUCUAAUUUUCUAGUUUUUAAAGCCACUUUUGUAUUAGGUCUGUCUUUAUCUCUUCUCUCUGCUGGGACUUUUAAACAAAUGUGUACCGGGAACUUUUUAGACUCCUAAUAAACUCAAAGCAUUCAGGUUUUUAUAUUUGAUACAGUUGAGGUUUCAUAGUGUUUCAGAAUAUCAGUGCAUUAGACAGUUUUAUGCAAAUAUUUCACACUAGUUAAGUGUUGGAGAAUGAAACGCUGUAGUUUUGCUUCUCAGCUCUAGUCAGGGGACUGCUUGGCUCAGGGGCAUUGUGGUUUGGCACCUUCCCUUUGUGAGGUGUUGACUUGAGCAGGAUAAAUGCCUCUUACUUGCCUAGUGGUUGCUGUGUUUGGUUUAAAACCACUUGCAGCAUAUUUGCCCACUGCCCUCUCUUGGCAGUGCUUGGGAUUUCUAGCAGAUGGGUCCUAUUGCAGUGCUUUGGGAUCAAACUGCAAGUUUAGCAUCUGGUGCCGGGAGCUAUUGGGUAGAUGGGAGAAUCAUACCCAACUGUUUUCUGAGAGUGGUUGCUUUGUUUUGCAGUUGGCAGUUUUAUGGAGAACUUUGUGGUGCUCUCUGGAAGUGCAUAGGCAGGAAUCAUAGGAGAGCCUAUGAUUUAAUCUUUCACUUCUUUUGAUUUUGGCCUCCACCUUGAUGUAUUUCAGUCUUAAAAGAAGUUUCUCCAUAUAACAUUUGAAAGACAGAUGUGCAUAUGGAAGUUACACUAUCUUUAAGGCUGCAAUUCUCCGUAUAUGAGGGGGUUAAAUCUUCUUCAAGUAUCCUUCUGAGUAACCAUGAUAGCAUCCAGCUGAAAAGCUCCUUGAUCUCUGGCUUGAGGAGUCUGUCUUAGAAAACCUUUGUAGUUGCCUGGUAUGUAUUUUAGCUCUGAGAUGAACAGUGUAUUGUAGUUCAGGCCUUCUGCUGUACACAGCUCUGCAAGUAUAGGUGCUGAUUUCUGGGUAAUAAUGUGUGUGUGUUUGAAAGUGAUUUUUAGGCAAUAGUUUGUGAAGAGGUAUAAGGGCACAGUUUGCAGUUAGGAUGAGCUGUAUGUAUUCACCUUGUCUCAUGUGCAGGGAGCAUUGGUAAAACUUUUUUAAACUUGGUUUCUUAGUUUAAACUGUUUGGACACCACGGUAAUCCACAGGGACCCUGGUUUAUCAGGAGAGAGUAACAAGGUUGUGUGACCUCUCUAAUUUUUCCCACUUACAGCUGAAACAGCUAAACAAACUAUAAUCUGAAAGUCUGGGGUUUAUUUAUUGUGACAGCGGAUACUCUGAUUUAUUUUCUUCCCAACAAGUUUGAGAAAUCCUGGGUGGGUGGGUGGAUUGGGACACAAAGCAACUAACAACUUGAAAAGUGAUGCAGCUAAAACAUACAAAAAGUAAAUAUUUAAAAAUAGAAUUAAAUUAAAUUAAAAGACAACUAUAGCAUUAAAACUGUUAAAAACCAUUCUAUGACAAUACAGUACCCCCUAACCCAACUGCUAGAAGGACAACAAGAAGGGGGUGCCUUCUGGUCUCCUUGGGAAGGGAGUUCCAGAGUUUAGGGGCAGCCUCCCCACCAACUUCACCUUUGAUGGUGAUGGGACUGAGAGAAGGUUGUGGUGGUUGUUAAAGAAAGAGGCCAAAGUACUAGUUGUUAUUGGGUAUGGCUGUUUCUGCUGCUAGUGGGAGCAGCUAAAUAGCAUGUUUCAGACACCCAUCUCCAUCUAUCCCCAUCCAUGUUGCUUUUCCUCAUUGAAUCAGGUGUCCUGCAGUUUCAUGGGCUACUGUAAGGUUUGAACAGGGCCAGUGGAUCUGGCGAGUUUUUUCUGAACCCCGAGGCAACAUUGGAAGAAACAGCCUCAUGGCAUAACCUUUACAGAAACACAAAAUAUCUACUACCCUGACCCAAUAAAGUAUGUUUAUUAGUAUAACUGGUUUCUACUGUGAACACCAAAAUCAAUUCAAAUUCUGUUUGGAGUAACUUCAUGGAUGAUGGCAACUGAACAUACUCAAAUGAAGGCAUCUGAGAAAUGUGCCCAAGUGGUCUGUGAAAAGCAGUCUCCCACAUUUGUGGAGAGCACUUGAUAAACUGCAAGAUAGAAAAUACUGAAUAUAUGCUGGAAAUUUAAGCCAUUUCCCAGAACCUUCACAUUAGUAUACAAAGCUGCUCCAGAGUGCAACAUUAUUUACAAAAGAGAAUUAGGAAAUGUCAAUACACACUGAUGCACAGAUGAAACUGCAUGUCUUUCCCUGCUUCCCAAAUUUGUAUUUGUGUCACUUUCAGAUAGACUUUUAAAAUCUUAAACCUCUAUAAUUUAAUACCAUGUUCUAGACCACUGGUUCUCAACCUGUGGGUCCCCAGAUGUUUUGGCCUUCAACUCCCAGAAAUCCUAACAGCUGGUAAACUGGUUGGGCUUUUUGGGAGUUGUAGGCCAUAACACCUGGGGACCCACAGAUUGAGAACCACUGUUCUAGACAGACAAACCCAGUCAUCAUUUGUUAGCUGAGCAACCUUGUUUAUUUUAAGUACAACACCUUGUGCUUAUUGUGUGGCAAUGUGCAGCUGUAUCCCAAUAGAGCCUAGGCCCAAAUUGAAAGAAAUAAAGAAGAUUAUUGGCAAUAUUAGUCCUUUAUGGGGAGAAAGGCAGGAUAGAAAAUAAAGUUAAUAAUAAUGACAAUAUAUUACAAGGCAUGCAUUUUCAUUUCUGUAUCAGCAUUUGAAUGCAACACAAUACCUGUGCUAAAGAACAAGUGUAUUUCUGUUGUUGCCAGCCUGCUCCAGGCUCUUUCUGAUAGGAGUGCCCAUACUUGUGUUCCUGCCUGCUGCUCUGUCCGUUUUUGUGGCUGUUCCAUGUUUGUUAUUAGUAGCCAGCUAGUGCACAACUUUUAGAUAGUAGCUGUUAUGGUGGUUUGGGGGUGGGGAGAGGAGGAGGGUGAGAUGAUGAAGGGCUUGGACGGGGAAGGGGGUGGGUGGGUUGGCGGGUGGGUAUUGCUAGCCAGGACACUGAAUGCUCCCUGUUGAAGGGUGGGCUGGGGCUCAGUUUUCACCUUUCUGUGCCUCUUGUUUUCCCCAUCUUUUAAGGUGGGUUUGUACUUUAAGCUACCUCGUUUGGGAAGGAAAGCGUCAAGACACCUCUCCAGCCUCUGUCUUUGAUCUGCUUUCAAUCCUGUGUCCGUUUAGUCUCUCCUUCCUUCUCCCAUCCUCACCCUCAUCCCCAUCCCUCUUACAUUAAAAAAAUGCAUGUUCUCAUGAAUGGAUAGUAAGUCCAGCUGCCUUCUGUCCUUCCAUCCUGGCUAAAUGGGUUUUCUUUUUCUCCUGAUCAGAAGCUUCUCAGGGUUGGUCCUCUUUUGGUUUGCCAUCAUCUCAACUCCAUUCAGUCUGAUCUUUUGAAGUCAACCUCAUUCUUUUUGCCUUUCCAUGCUCCAAUCUCUGUUCUCUUCCCAGAUGAUACCAUUGUCUGUUACAUUGCUGUUUCCAUCUACUGUGAGAGAAUGUUUAAAGCAUGCUUUUUGGCUUGGAGCCAGUCAACCGCCAUUUCAAAUGAACACAAAAUUCCAUAAAAACUAUGCUCAGGAAGCUGAGAUAUUUUUGACCCCUGCAAAAGGGGUAAAUAAGGAAACUGGACAUGAGAAACUCUGGAUGGCUGGGUUCCUCAGGGAAGGGUGAGGUGGAGGGUUGCAGAGGAUCACUUUUUAUCCUGAUGUUUUCAAUUCUUAACUCCAGUACAUUAGUCAUGCCUUUUGUGGUAAAGCCAUUGCUAACUUCAACUUGAUCUGACUUUAUAAAAAGCUGUGAGUUGAACAGCCCAUAAUAUCCAGGAUCUGGGUGUGAUAUGUACUGCUCUUUGCUCUCUAUUCAGUGUAAUAUUCCGAGUGCUUAAUUUAAAUAUAGGGCUGUUCCAGCACUUGUCCAUCCACAAUAAGGACAUUUUUUAAAAAAAACAAUUAAACUGGACAAGUCUGUUUUCCCCCCCUUGCACAAAAAUGGAAGAGGGGAAAGGGGUGAUGCCACAAUUGAAGUACAUACUUCCAGGGCUGUAUAUACACAUCUCACCACAAACCAAACUCAAUUUUUAUAGAUUAGGAAAAUCAAUGUAGUUUUCAUACUUGUUGGGUUUUUUAAAAACUUUUGUUGUUGGGAUGGGCUAUGGAGGCUAUAUAAACUUUGGCCACAGGAAAUUCUGAUCAUCUUCCUGCCUACCUUACUCUUUUAGCUUUUUAAAUGUAAUGAGGCUCCCAAAAUCUCAAACUCGUCAUCGCAGCCUUGCAGGCUAGAAACUUUUUUUCAAUGAAAGGGUCCAACUUGACCUGCAUCCAGAUUUAAAUUCUGGAUUUUGUGCAGUAUGAUGGUGGAAUGCACAGCCCUGGGUGUAUGUUGGUUUGGGUUGGGAAUUGGGGUGGGUUGGGGGAGGGAACGAGGGAGGGUGUGUUUUUUAAUGGUGCUAUAUUGAAGAGGGUGGUUGGAGGGUGCUCUCAGCUCCUGAUGUGGGAGUUUGAGGCCUCAGGGUAGUUCUUGCCCCCACAAUCAGGCCGGUAUCCUGAAGAGGGGGUGGAGGCAGAACCUUGUGUUUGUAUUUUUAAUGGUGUGUGUGUUAGGGGAGGGUAUUACUUUUUAAAAUACUUGAUUGGAAUAAAAUCUUUUAAAGCUA